AUGGUGUGCGCUUUGGGGUAAAUAAAUAUAAUAGGUGCUUAUCAAAAGAAAUUUUGCAGAAUUAAAAUGCUCAACAUACAAUGUGCGGUGUGUAAGCUGCUUAUCUACGUAGUCCCCGUGAUCCUUGGCCUAUCCCGAGUUGCCUUGGGCCGCCAUUAUUUCUCUGAUGUCGUUGCAGGUAGGGAGAGAGACGAAUCCACAAAAAAAUUACUAUUUAGGUCAUCUACUUGGUGUUCUUGAAGCAACAAUUGCACCUUUUCUCCCUCAGAACAUUGUGGAUUUGACUAGUCAUAAUAUCAUGAUUUUUAAGCAAUAUUUCUAA